GCGGGCGGACCCGCGCUGCGGACAGCUGUUCUCGCUUGAGGAAGCGCCUGUCCGCUGGAGCGGAGCCUGCCCUCUGCUCCCUGUGAUCCCGUGAGCUGGGGAGCUUUGCCUUGGACUCCGAGCACACCAGCGAUGCGUAUCGGGGCAUAGAGCUGGGAAACACAUGAAACAGCAGCUGAUAUGAUCUCACUGGAAUGUCAUGGAACCAAAAAUGCCCAGUAUUUGUUCAUUUAAAACUACAGCAUAACUCAGAAAUGCUAAGCUCUGAAAUGUCUGAAGAGCCAGAGUUCCAUCUGGUUCCUUUAGUGAGAGACACCACUUCAGUCCACUCGAGAGUCUUUGGCUAUAUAGCAAUUACCAGCUUACAAACAUGCAUCCCUGCCAGUGAUAGGUGCCAUGGGGUUUCUGAGGAUGCUGGUUCAGAUUAAAAGUUUCGUUUUGUUUUGCCAGAUUUCUCUUUGUUUUGAUAGAAGACUGGGGAAUACACAGUUACUUUAAAAAAAAAAAUCAUACGUUUAAGCCAGGUCUCAACCCAGAAAUUAUCUUAUGAUCCUUGUUUUGCGCAAGCCAAUGGCUGCAGCUGCUUUAAAAAGUUCCAUAUGAGUGCAUGAGAGAAGAAAGUGGUGUUUAUUAGGAAAUAUUACUUUGUUACUUUUUGCACCCCAGUAAACCAUUCAUGGAGGAAAAAAUAAAGUUUUCAUGAAGUUAUACUUUGGUCAAGCUGAAGUGGGACUUAGAGGUUUUGGUGAAUUUGGCUUCAAGUGUCAUUGGAUUUCUGAUACUGUAUGGAAAUUAGAAUAGUGUUUUUCUGUGUCUGUCACAUGUUAACUUUUAUCCCUUGUCUUAUAGUACUUCCCAUGUGCUUUUGUGUCCCCAAGAAGUUCUUAUAAAUAUGCAUUGUUGCUUGUACUUAAUAUCGGGGAGGGGGGAGUGAGAAUAGGGUUCAAAAUAUGAAAUCUUCUGGAGUGUUUUUUGGAGACAUUGCUCCAUGGUUUGGCACAUGGGGGUGAGGGGGGAAAGAAACAUCAAUCUAGGAUAAUUCAUGGUCUUUUAACUGAAGUGACAGGGAUGGGAUACUUUCCAGUCUGGCCCUGAGUCAGUGAAGAGUGAGUCCUUCCUGUUGUGGUAAUCAGUCCUUGUGAGAAGAAAGACUCACUGAGACAGCAUAUGUCAGUAGGUAUGCUCUUCUAAUUGCUGUGGCUGUACUGCCAAACUUACUGCCUUUGUGCAAACGUAAAGGCGUAGAUGGACUCAGAGUGAAUGGAAGCUGUGUUUUUACUCUUGGAAAGUGACUUCUCCACCAUCUAAGCCUGGACAGUGGUUGAAGUGGCAGAUUGGGUACCGAUUGCUAAGGAGACUGCAGCAUAUUUAGUAAGUAUGGCAGUUCUGGCAUCGUGACCUCGUUCCAGGACAUAUACACUGUUCCCUCCGCUUCUCCUGUUCCAGUGUUUAAAUGACUCCGCUUUGCAGGCGGUACUGUUGCUGGUAACAAUUCCAGGGGUGCGUUUCUAGAUGAAUGAGGCUUUGUCGAUUUUGCGAAAAGACUUCUGCUCUAGUGAACAAAAUUUUGCUAGAGGGAUGAGUGCUGCCCUUGAGCAUUUACAUGUGUUCUCAUUUGUCACUCAGAAACAAACGUGGUAAAGUGAUUAAGCCUCUGCAGUAUCAGUCAACAGUGGCACCAGGCACCGUUGCAAGAGUGGAACCAAAUAUUAAGUGGUUUGGAAAUACUCGUGUGAUCAAGCAAUCAUCCCUACAGAAAUUUCAAGAAGAAAUGGAAACUGUCAUGAAAGAUCCUUACAGAGUGGUGAUGAAGCAAAGCAAGUUACCAAUGUCCCUCUUCCAUGAUCGGAUCAAACCUCAUACCUCCAGAGUUCACAUUCUUGACACAGAAACGUUUGAAACAACAUUUGGCCCCAAAUCACAGAGGAAGAAACCAACUCUUUCUGCAAGUGAUGUGCAUUCUCUGCUGGAGAACGCAGAAGCCUCAUCAGAAUCUUAUGAUCAGGACAAGGACCGAGACCUUGUGACAGAAGACACUGGUGUGAGGGAUGAAGCACAAGAAGAAAUAUUUAAGAAGGGGCAGUCCAAAAGAAUCUGGGGUGAGCUCUACAAGGUGAUAGACUCAUCAGAUGUUGUCGUGCAAGUUCUUGAUGCCAGGGAUCCCAUGGGUACUCGCUCCCCUCACGUGGAAUCCUACCUUAAAAAGGAAAAACACUGGAAACAUCUCAUUUUUGUCCUGAACAAAUGUGAUCUUAUUCCUACUUGGGCUACAAAGCGCUGGGUUGCUGUCCUCUCCCAGGAGUAUCCAACACUUGCUUUUCAUGCCAGUCUCACAAACCCUUUUGGCAAAGGAGCCUUCAUACAGCUUUUAAGGCAGUUUGGAAAGUUACACUCUGACAAGAAACAGAUCAGUGUGGGUUUCAUUGGUUAUCCAAACGUUGGCAAAAGCUCAGUGAUCAAUACAUUGCGGUCUAAGAAGGUCUGCAGUGUGGCCCCCAUCGCAGGUGAAACAAAGGUGUGGCAAUACAUUACCUUGAUGCGGCGGAUUUUUCUCAUUGACUGCCCGGGUGUAGUUUAUCCGUCUGGAGACACUGAAACCGACAUUGUGCUGAAGGGAGUGGUUCAAGUUGAAAAGAUUAAAAGCCCUGAAGAUCAUAUUAGUGCAGUGCUGGAAAGAGCCAAACCAGAGUACAUCAGAAAGACAUACAAAAUUGAUUUCUGGAAGGAUACGGAAGACUUUCUUGAGAAGCUUGCUUCUAGGACUGGAAAACUGCUAAAGGGUGGCGAGCCUGAUGUGCAAACUGUGAGCAAAAUGGUUCUCAAUGACUGGCAGAGGGGCAGAAUUCCAUUCUUUGUGAAGCCACCUAACGCAGAAGCAGGUCCUCAGCCUCCUGCAUUGGAAGUAGCAAUGGCAUCAAGUCAAGAUAACAGUGAAGAGGAAAUCUCUGAGCCAGUAGCAUCAAGCGUGGAGCCAGCAGAAGAGAAAAACAAUACAGACACUGAAAUUAAGCAACUUAUGUCACAUGUUCGGCAGAACUUUGGGAGGAUUAAUGUGGCGCCUCAGUUCUCAGAAGAAGACCUGGUUCCUGUAGAUGUGUCAGGCUUUGAUGAAACAGACAGUGACUCUCCUGCAGAGGAGGAGCAGGAAGAGGAGGAGGAGGAAAAUGAGCAACACCAAGACUCUGCAGUAGAGGAGGAAUCACAGUCAGCUGUACAAGAUGCCAGGGAGAGCUCUAAGGCAGUUAUUCAGGCUUUGGAGGAAAAGAUUGCAAAAUACAAAAAAUUCCUGGAUAAAGCCAAAGCCAAGAGAUUCUCAGCAAUAAGAAUCCCUAAACAGCUGAGUGAAAAAGUAUUUGCGAAAUCUGAGCAGAAGUCUGAAGAACUCAAAGAAAACGAAGACAGAGGCUGCACAGGGAAGAGAAGAAAAAGGAAAGCAGAAGAGGAGGAUGAAGAUGGCCAUUCGGCUAAACAGCCCUGCAAGAAACUUACAUCCAAAGAAAGGAGACGAGCUGAGAGGCAGCAGCGCUCCAAGAAAGUUGGAGUCCGAUAUUACGAAACUCACAACGUGAAAAAUAAGAAUAAGAACAAGAAAAAAAGUGGCUUGGAGGGACAAAGAUCAAAGCACAAGAAAUACAAGCAUAAGCAAUAACUGCUGGUUCUAUUAAAUUUUACAUAAAACA